GGGCGAAUAGUUGAACAGUGGCGAUCUUUCAUGAAGUUUGGUGCCACGUAGUUAACUGCAGUGUCAAUUUUUUUAACGUGAUUUAAUUUUGCAAACCUCGCGAGGUCACACUAUAGCUUUUUAUUUCCUCAACACAAUGUUAUUGUUUUCCAUUUGCUCGGUAUUAUCCUUCGUAGUUACGCUAGCCUUUGGUGGCAAACUACCCGACCCUGAAGUCAAAAUUGAAGUUCUCCAUCAACCUUUUCUAUGUCAGCGCCAGACAAAAUAUGGAGAUAUGCUUCUUGUCCAUCACGAAGGAUACUUGGACAGUGACGGCACCAUGUUUCACUCAAGCCGCCUUGAAGGUGAUAAAAAUCCAGUGUGGUUCACCCUCGGGAACCGAGAGGUCAUCUUGGGCUGGGACAAGGGUCUGCUGAAAAUGUGCGCUGGAGAGCGCCGGAAACUCACCGUCCCUCCAUCUCUGGCCUAUGGGAAAGAAGGGAGAGGCAAGAUUCCUCCGAGCAGCACUCUGAUUUUUGACAUUGAACUCGUCGAUAUCCGCAAUGGACCGAGGUCGCACGAUUCCUUCCGUGAGAUGGAUCUCAAUGAUGACUGGAAGCUUUCUCGGGAGGAGGUAAAGCAGUACCUGGAGAAUGAGUUCAAGAAACAUGGCCACGCGCCAAAUGACACGCAGAACGACGCGAUGGUGGAUGAUAUCUUCAAAUACGAGGAUGAGGAUAAAGACGGGUUCAUCUCAGCAAGAGAAUUCACUUAUCAACACGAUGAAUUGUGAAGGACACAUUUCAUGUUUUUUUUAAUGGACUGGCUUACAUCCGAACUUGGGUUGUUUACCUCAUUUUGUGAAUUAUAUUCUUGUGCACAGUCAACUGCACUGAAAAUAUCAUCGCAAAUAUAUUUAAAAUGAAAGUUAGGGUUUUUUUCAGGGAAUAAACAAAAUAUUAACCUAGUUUUUGACUUCGCGGUCAACCUUGAUGUUAUUCUCUGUUUGGUCGCUAGAGGGCACACUUGUACCUGACAAUCUGUUAUUGCAUUGGUCUGGCGCUUGGUAAUUUCUCCCCAUUAGUUCCUCUAAUGUUUCAAAGCCCAAUAUAAUCACAUCCAGAUUGAUUCCACGAAGCGUGAACUAUUAUUAAUUUGUAGUAAAAGUUUUAAGGCAUUCACUCUCUUAAAUUACACUUGGCAGUGGACUCCUAAAACGAGCACAGUC